AUGGCGUGCCGAAAAAGAACCAUUAGAGAAGUGGCUUCAUCUCAUAAUUCCUUCAAGCAAGAGGCAGAAUCAGCAGAAAACAGCGAUUUUGCUCGACCUAGCAAUGGUGACGGCAAACCAGAAGACAGUUGCAAAAAGCAUUGUGUAGCCAUCAAUCGUGAACACUCUUCAGCAUUAUUUACACCGUCUUCCAUGAUUCUAUCACCUGACGCUGUCAAGGAAGCUGGACUGAAGAUUCUACUGGAAACCGAACGGUUAGUGAAUCCUCAGCAUCAGUCUGAUAUUGCCCGUAACGAAGAUGAUGGCAAUGAUGAGCAUGAGGGUGAGAACGAUACUAACAAUGAUACCAGCAACAGCAACAAGAAGACAAGACAGGUGGCAGCUGGUGCUUCCCUGAAUCUCCCCUUGGUCCCAGAUCAGUUCAGUCCCCACAAAGCUUGGAGCGAACAAACAGCAAAGUGGUCCUACGAUGUCUUGGAUCACUUGCAACUACCAAGAGAAAUUGUUUACCUAUCCAUGCACAUAUUGGAAAAGGCGCUGCUGGCUUCCGAUAGUGCAGGUGGUACAGGAGGAGGUGGUGCAUGUUCUGACAUUAAUUUAGAUGAUUCAGGCAAUGUUUCAAAUGAUUCAGGUGACUCAUCAGAUGAUUCAAACACAGCUGGCGGUUCAGAAUACAGGUUUGGAAUCACAAACAAACACGAAUACGAAAAGAUUGCCAUUACGUCACUCUAUCUCGCAGUCAGACUAUCCACUCGUCAGACACCUCCAACAUCUCAGGAGCCGGGCUAUGCUCCACUGCAGCGCAAGCUUCAGAUUUCAGAACUCUUGUCUAUCAGCGGGUCCACUUGGACGGAGCAAGAAAUUCAGGAAUGCUCUUCCCUGACCUUGGAAUCCUUGGGACUGUGGAAGAACAAAGCUAGUGAUAUCACGAACUGGAACUUUCAACUCCACCAAGCUAUGGUUCAGGCAACUCCCCAUUCGUUUUGCAAGCUCCUCUUUUUUGGAUUUCAAAAAAAAGGUGAUGAUCAAGAACAACAACGAGAUGGAACCAUGGUCGCUGAUCAUGCCUUUGUUCCACGCCAAACCCGCCUUGCUUGGCUCGAGCUGGCUCUCUAUUUGAUUGAGCUAUCGGUAUGCGAUGGAAGCUGUCACCGGCUCUUGCCUUCUGUGGUGGCUCUCUCUUCCCUUCAAGCCGCCUGCAAGAUUCUACAAGCAAAACCAGGAGCUCCCCCCGCUUCUUCCUUUCAGGCCUCCAAACACGUCAUUGAAGAGACCUUGAGAAAAGCCAAAGGGGUAUCGGAACUUCCCAAUACUACCUUUGUGGCCAACCGACUCGAGUACAUUUAUCAACUAAGUCAAAAUAACGGCAACAUCAGCAACGGCACCCAAGGUAACAAUCCUCGCCGGAAUGCUGGUGCUGGUGGUAGAAAUGGACGAAGCAAUGCUCGUAUCGCCUCUUGGUCUUGUCCUACUUUGGUCAUGGAUGACGAUGGUGAGGAAGAAGCCGAAAAACAGCAACAGCAAGAAGCUGCUGCAUUUGUUGCCAACAAUCGCAAUAAUGAUAUUGUCUAUGCAACUCGAGGAACAAUCGCAUCACAAACAGAAGAAGACCGUCGCCCAAUCCAAUACAUACAAUGCAACUUGGAUAUGGAACAAGCCUCGGAUCGCAAGCACCGACCUAUUUCCCCCUGCCCAAUGAUUCUGGAUCACAUCCACCGCAACAACAGCAAAAGCAAUAUCAACAACGCCAAGAAAGCCGCUGCUGCAUCCAAGGCAUUGUUUUAA